AUGUUCAAGCUAGUGUCCUCCAUGUUCAAAACGGCCCCGGUCUCCGUGAUACCGGUUACCCGAGAGGUUGUGCAGAAGAGAAGCAGUCUCUGCUCAAAACUGCAGCACAUUUACAAGGCGCAGAUUGGCCUGCUUUCGAAUGCGCUACCAAGGGAAACUGUGGACCGGAUUCCCUUGUUGAAGUAUUACACGGCGUUUGGACAGCAGUAUCUCGACCAGUUAUCGGAGCUGGAGAACGGUGAGUUGGAGAAGACCGAGUUCUCAGAGGAGCGCUUUCUCGCGUUGAUAAACAAACAGCUCGACUCCAAGGUGCUGGAGCUUGAGAGCAUCAACCAACGGAUCACGCCGAGCGACUUGAGGCUGCUAGACGAGAACUACUCCAAGCAGAUCGACGCCUUUUUCUCCCACUUCCACACGAACCGCAUAGCGGCCUCGUUUGAGCUCAAAGAAUACAUAUACCCUGAGCCGCUUUUACAGGUGCACGACGCCAAGAGCGUUGUCGACCAGGCCGUGAAGACCACGUCGCAGAUGUUGACAUUAAACGACUACCCGGUGCCGAAGUUCAAGCAAGUGUCAGCCGUCGACGGAGAUCUCAGUGUCUACUGUAUUGCCCCCCAUGUCGUGCAUAUAAUGUUCGAGUUGUUCAAAAAUGCCACGCUCCCUUCCAUCACACACGGGAAGCCCAUUCUGAUCAGCAUAUAUGGCGAGGAGGCCGACCCGAGCACAAUAGUGUUCAAAAUCAAAGACAACGGGGGUGGGAUGCCUCCUUCCAUGGUGAAAAAGAUCUGGCAAUUCCACUACACCACCACCCAGGAUAACGAGCGUGACCCAAUCCACGGUUUUGGCAUGGGCUUACCCUUGUGCAAAGUGUUUGCUGAGUUCAACGACGGCUCCUUAACGUUGGUGAACGAAGAGGGGGACGGUGUGACUGUGUAUUUGAAGCUCCCUAGAGGGGUCCGCAAAUAA